AUGAUCUUUAUCCUAUUUUUGCUCUGUUUUUGGUUUGGAGAUGGCGCAACAAGAGUGGUCUCAAGAAACAGGGGAGGGCAAUGGCAGCUCCUGCUUAAGAGCACUGGCGUGGUGGGGAUGCACAUGGCAUUAACUCAACGUAACACCGUCGUAAUGUUCGAUCAAACCGGAGCUGGCCCGUCUGAUUACCGGCUUCGGAGACGUUUCAGUGGCGGAAGAUGCACCAGAAGAAGCGACGACUUGAUGGAUUCUGCAUGCUAUGCUCACUCUGUCGAAUAUGACGUUGGUGGUAACAGAGUGAGGCCUUUGAAGCUUGUCUCUGAUCCUUGGUGUUCCUCUGGUUCAUUCCUCAGCAACGGGACACUUUUACAAGUUGGUGGAUAUAAUCGCGGAGCCAAGAGAGUCAGAGUGUUUAGACCCUGUAGGGAUCGCCAAUGUGACUGGACACAGACGAAGAAAUCCCUGUCUGAUCGGCGAUGGUAUGCUUCUACUCAGAUUCUGCCCGGAAAUGACCGAGUCGUCGUGGUUGGGGGAAAAGGAGCUUUCUCAUAUGAGUUCAUCCCAAAAAUAGACUCGAGAGAAAAGUCAUUUGCUCUUCCAUUCUUGCGCCAAACUAAUGACAGAAAGUCAGAAGGGAACAACCUCUAUCCCUUCCUCCAUCUUUCAUCAGAUGGCAAUUUGUUCAUUUUCGCUAACCGUGAUUCUAUCUUAUACAAGUUGAGACGACACAGAGUGAUCAAGACCUUCCCUCGGAUCCCAGGAGAUGGUUCCAGAAACUACCCGAGCUCAGGCUCAUCCGUGAUGCUCCCAUUACACCACGGAGACAAUUUCCAGAAAGUAGAAGUAAUGAUCUGUGGAGGAGCAGCUUCCGGAGCUUACAGAGCUGCAGACAAUGGAAGAUUCUUGAUGGGGUUACGUUCAUGUGGAAGAAUGGUGAUCACAGGGAACAGGCACGUAUGGAAAAUGGAGAACAUGCCCGGGCCACGUCUCCUACAUGACAUGCUCAUCCUCCCAACUGGACAGAUUCUGAUUAUCAAUGGAGCUAAAAGUGGUUCUGCAGGGUACGACAAUGCAAGAAACGCCUCUCUUCAACCCUACCUCUAUGGUCCAGGAAGAAGACGAGGAAAAAGAUUCACAGUGCUCAGUUCUACCAAAAUAGCCAGAAUGUACCACUCUUCAGCGACUCUUCUUCCUGAUGGGAGGGUCUUAGUUGCAGGAGGUAACCCUCACAGUAAGUACACAUUUCACAAUGUGGCCUACCCAACUGAGCUGAGACUACAAGCUUUCGUUCCAAAUUACAUGCACAGGAGGUACCAUCAAUGGAGGCCAAGAAAUGUGUCCAUUGCAUAUGGAGGAGGUGGUGGUGAUGAAAGCUAUGAGAUCGAAUAUGGGAAACAGUUCAGUGUCAGAUUUUUUCUUGGAAGGAGGCCGAGCAAGGAGAUGGAGUUCAGUGUGUACGCACCGCCAUUUACGACGCAUUCGUUCUCCAUGAAUCAGAGGUUGCUGAAGCUGAGAUGCGUGACCAUGAAGAGAGAUGGAAGUGGCUGGAUUAAUGCGGUUGUAGAAGCCCCGCCAUCGCCAAAUGUUGCUCCUUCUGGUUAUUACUUGUUCACCAUUGUGAAUGCUGGAAUCCCCAGCAUGUCUCUGUGGGUUCGGUUUAUUCAUGCCUAGUCUUAAUUAUCUCUCUGUUUUAUUAUGAUAUUUUCUGAGUGAAUUGGCUAGUGGAAAAUUUCAAUAUGUUAGA